AUGAAGAGUCUUCCACCUUGCAUCGCAGCUCUGCUAGCGCUGCUUUUAAAAAGCAGUCAUGCUCAGAGUUGCUUGCAGGGCGCCAUCAGUCCUGAUCUUAGGAAGAACGUCACUAAUGCCAAAGGAGAGUCGUUCCCACUCGGGGCUGUGCUGCAACCCUACACAUCAUCAAAAUUAGCCCAUGCGGUCUACGAAACUGUGAUCACAGAAGUCUUGGGAUACAAUUUGGAUUUUGAUCCUCAUUCACCCCCAUCCAGUGUGGAUGCUUUGUAUGCUGCUCUAGGUUGUCAAUCUUGGUACAACCCAGAGGACCGUGGAUGCGAACAACGUGCCAUCCGGAGGCACUUUAUGGUGGAGAGCUGGCACCAAGGAUUUAUGACCAUCGUUCAGGACCUUGAGCAGAUCUACGGAGGAGAGAUGCCUCUUGCGGUGCCCAUGGGCUUUGAUGGCACAUCAGGUUCAUUUAUCAGGAAGACAGCCAUGGAUGCAGCACAAAAUGCCACGGGCUUUGCGCUGGAGUACUUCAAGAGCUAUGCAGCCCUCGGUCAGAAUGUGCUUCAAUACUUUGACAACACUUCGGUGGUGAAUUCUUCAGACCUUCUGCAAUGCAGCCAAGGCUUCUGGAGCAACAAUGCUACGAUGUACAACUAUUGGAGACAAACGGGUGACGAUGAUGGCGUGGUCAUCGAGAACUACUCCUACAAGGCAUUCUGUGCAGAUGGGCAUUUUUGGCAAGCUCCCAGUUGCAGGGCUGUUGGUGCGGAAUGUGCUGUGUACAUCACGGGUGGCAGCGGAUGGGAACUGGAGCAAAUGCUCCAGAGGAGUGCUGUUUUCUUGAUGCCACUUGGUAUUGGUAUUGCAAGUAGUUGGGCCAACUUCUUGGACCUGCCAAGGCGGCACAGGACUCUGACCUAUGCGUGGACUCCUGACGAUUCCUUCUUGAGCUUGAACCUGCAGGAGAUCAUCUAUCCACCGUACAACGCAUAUGCUUGGUCGCUUGGAGAUGUAACCUCCCAAGCUCAAAAGAUUCCACUCACAGUCAUGGCCAGCUAUGACUUGGAGUUCCUGGCGCCUGAUGUCAUGGAGUUCUUCAAGAAGGUUUCGUUUGAUAUCGGCACCAUCUAUGAGAUGAUGGCAGAGCAAACGGCCAGCGGAGCGUCUCCGCACGCGGUUGCUUGCCAAUGGCUCAAGAGCAAUGAGCUCAGGUGGCGUCCUUGGAUUCCGGAUCCUACUGCUUGCAACCGUGGCUUCGGGCUUUACGAUGAAGCCAUUGAUGAGUUUGUUGGCAGUCGGGACAAAGCCAGCACCUGCAAAGCAUGCGUCCCUGGCACCUAUGCCAGCUUGCUUGUAGAUGGUGAUGGCCACACUUAUGUUUGUCUUCCAUGUCCAGCCGGGACAGAGCAACCCGCAGCAGGGGAAUUGACUUGCCAGAGUUGCCCUGCAGGCAAGUUCAAAGCGCAAGAAUCCAGAGAGGAAUGCAUUCCUUGUGAGCGAAGCUUUUACCAGGAUCAGGUUGGCGCAAAGGCAUGUAAGUUGUGCCCGGAGGGGACUACUACAUUGUUGCAAGGGGCGAAUCGACUCUCUCAAUGUGUUUGCGCAGCUGGGUCGAUUGAUACAUCCGACUCCCAAGAUGCUCAGGCCUGCGAGCCAUGCAUGGAGGGCUUGUCAUGUCCUGAAGGCAGCACACUUGCUUUGCUCAAGUCGGGCCAGAAUGUCAGCGGUGUUGACACACUUCCAGCAAUCGAGUCGGGAUACUUUAGUUGGGCUGACCAACCCAUGGAAGUCUUCAAAUGCCGCGGUGACCACUGUCCAGGAGGGGUUCCAGGCACUUGCGAAGGAGGUGCACUGGGUCCAACGUGUGAUACCUGCCCUGCAGAACAGUACUGGGCCAAUGAGAAAUGUUCAGAGUGCGAGGUGUCAUUGAAAUCUGUUUGGGUUGCGUUGCCUAUUGCAUUCAUUCCAGCUUUGGUUCUGCUCUACUACAAGACAGAGACCCACUACAAAGCAAGCGCCUCGCUUGCUCAAUGUGGGAGUUUGUCCAUUGAAUUGAUGUUGAACUUUGUUCAAAAUCUAGGUGUCCUGGGCAUGGUAUUUGUACCUUGGCCAGUGAGCCUAACCCAAGCAUUCGAGUUCUCGCAAGUCUUUGUGCUGAACUUGAAGUCCUUUGGCUUCAAUUGCACAUCCGGUGGCGAUUUUGAACAAUACAUCGUCACCGCAGCGCUUUGCUUUAGCGUUGCAGUGCUGUUGCCAGGCUUAGGGUGUCUAACCCACGCAGUUCCAUGCUUGAAGACUCGCAACUUGAGCUGGCGCACCUAUCGCGUCGCGUGCGCCACUGGACAGAUUUACCAGGGCUUGUUUGUGACGAUGUGCAGUGUGGGACUCUCACCCUUCAUGUGCUACAAUCAUCCAAAUGGCCAGCAGAGCCUUUUGAAGUACCCCAACCUUCUUUGCCACACUUCAAAUCAUGGAAUUAUGCAGUUGCUAGGCGUUGCAAUCUUGGUCUUGUGCUUGACCCACUUUGUCCUUUGCUUUUGGGCAACCUCUAGCGCUCCCUCUUGGUCAAUGACGUCUCCCGAGCGAUUGCAAUGUAUUGGCUUUCUGAUGACCAACUUCAGGCCAUCUUGUUGGUGGUUUGGUUUGGUUGUCCUCAUUCGAGGACCGCUCUUAUCCUUGGGCCAGGUCGUGGAGCCAGAUGAUGAAGGGGUUCAGCUGCUAGUCAUGAUGUGUGUCUUACUUGCCUCGCUAUGUCUUCAACUUUGGUUCUUACCCUGGAAAUUGCCCCUUUUGAACUUGGUGGAUGCCAUUUCGACCGCUUUCUUCCUGGCUUUGCUGGCAGUUGCGAUGCAAGUGUCCACGAUCCGCAGUUCCAUGUUUCUUGACGCUUUUGGAUCAAUGCUCUUCUACACGAGCCUGGCAAUCAUUGCAGCAGUUGGCUUCUUCUCUUUGGGGCUCGUGGCAUUGCAACGCCUUUGUCGCAGAAGAAGCGGAGGCCUGCCAUUGCGCGUGGUGAUUUUGGGACAGCAGCCUCAGCCAGACGAAAUGCUAUCCAACUUACUGGAGAUGGCCACCCAGUUGCAAAGCAACUCAACCAUCUUGCAGCAGAAACUGGCCAGGAAAAUGACCAACGUCUUGUCCGUUUACGACCUCUACACUGUGGAGAGGGCCUUGGAGAUUUUGGCGGUGGAUUGUGAACUCCUCCCUGAUGGCAUCGGUUCCAAAGCACGGCGCAUCCGCGCCAAGCGAAUCAGCCAGAUGACGCGAAAGUCUUUGGCCACACACCAGCUCGAGCAGCAGAACGACCCAGAGGAUCACUUGAAUGCACGUCCUCUGGCGGAGCGGAUCUCGGGCGGAGUUCAAAGCGGGGAAGCUCUUCAGGUCGAUGUCAGGGGACUCCUCCUGGUGCAGCCAGUGUGCACCUCCAAAUCCGAUGCUGGCCAGAACGAGGGAGUUCGGCGCUGA